AUGCACGUCUUCAUCAACGGGGCCUGCCCUUGGCUCAACCCCCAUCUUCGCAAGUUCAUUCUCGACCAUGUACCCGACGCCAUCUUCUAUGACAGCUUUGAGGACUUUCCCAAUGAGCCCCUGGAGGAGUCCUUUCAGUAUCUGGACGGCUGGGAGAUUGGACGCAACUUUGCAAUUCUCAACAACUCCAAGAACGGGCUGAUCAACGCCUACCCAUCCAGCGACGCUUUGGCACGCAAGGACUACCUCGCCAGGGUGGUCGACUUUUGGCGGGCAAAGAGACCCGAGAGCAAGCUGCCCGACCAUGUUCCCCUCACUGUGAGGCUCUCGCUUGACUACGCCGAGUACGUAGACGAGUCGCUCACAGCGGCCGACGAUCUGACCUUGCUGUACUCGCUGGAACAGAAUGAGAGCCGCGAGCCAAUUGAGAGAGACUGGUGGAUUUUGAAGCCGGCGCUGAUUGAUUGUGGCGCGGGAAUCCGAAUCUUCAGCACUGUGGAGGAAUUGGCUAGUCACCUGGAAUUGGCCGAGUACGAGUACACUGAUGACGAGGAAGAGGCAGAGGAAGAGGAAGAGAAGGAAAAGGAUGGCGUCUCCCUGUCGUUGCCCGGACUGAAUGCUUUGGACGCGUUGGUCACAACCAUCAGCGGGUUUGGGCUUGACGAGAAGAAGGCGCAGGGUGGGGGCAAAGGCGACCACAAACGAGUGCAGUACGUCUUCAAGAAGGACGGACGGAUUCCUUCGGCACAGAUGCGGGAGUUUGUCGCGCAGCAAUACAUUGUCCGCAUACCACCAGUUGAGGGCAAGAAGUGGCAUGUCAGGGCGUACGUCUUGGCCAUGGGUCGUUUGAAGGUUCACGUGUUCCGAGAACUACUCGCUCUUUUAGCCUGCGAGGACUACCAGCCCCCAUGGGAGAACCCAAGCUUGCGGUCCAGCCUCACCAACACGGCUCUCCAGGAUGAGGACGAGUUUGUCAGCAACGAGUCCAUGAGAGACUUUUGGUCGGACGCAGUGCCCGAGAAGCUGUUGGGGGAUGGGUGGAAGGAGGUCGUCUGGGACCAGAUAUGCAACGUGACAGCGGAACUGUUCAAGGCUGCUGCGCACACCAUGGCUGAUAAGUUCAACACGGUUGGCAAAUCGUUCGAGCUUUUCGCUGCUGACUUUUUGGUCGAUGACAACGGAAAGGUGUGGCUGUUGGAGGUGAACGAAACACCGGCCUUUUACAACCAUGACAAGGCUGGAGAGUUGGCGCUUCGGCUGAUGGAGAGCGUUGUGUUUGCCGCAAUGGAGCAUAUGGGCAAGGCGCGAGCUGGGGAUGGGAAGUUCGAUGCUGUCAAGAGUCGAUUUGUCAGGGUGUUGGACGAAACCACAAACCUGCCUAGGAGUCAGAUUACAGAGAUAAACUGUUCUUGA